AAAAUUGGACAAACCCUCUGCGACUUUGUACGACAACAAGAGGUCGUACCUGCGAACCGUGCUCGGAAGGGAAGCGCCAUCAGCGAAGAUGGUACUACCUCCUGCACCACGCAACCUCAAAGGAAUACCUCCAUUUCUAGCGAGGAGCAAAUUGUGCAGGGAGCUAAUAUACAAAAGUCGGGACACCGUUCGCUUAAUAGGUCUGCCUCCUCUAGGCAAAAGCCGAACCCGACAUCAAAACUAAAAGACACACUGAGCAGAAAGCCCAAUCGAAAGCAGGACGCACUUUCUGCACACACGAGCACCAGUAGCACCACAUCGAUCCAAUCAUCACCCAUCGAGCCAGCUUCUUCUCUGCCCACGCUGCACACCACGCAUACACCACCGGCUUCCAGCAAAAGUAACCUUUUUGUGCGUGUCCUGCGACGCUUUUCCAGUAACUCCCUUUCCGGUAAGACGACGGUGAGCCCAAAAAUCGAAGUCAACGUACCGAAAGUCAACGAUAACAACAACGGCGCUCUAAAGGAACAGCAAACAACCGAUGUAGAGGUGCUUUGCUCUCUAGACAACCAGCGCAGAGAACACAAUGAGGACAAAAUGGACGUCAAAACAGAGCCUGCAGAUGCCAAGAGCCACCAGAAAGCUGGUCUAGCUUCGGGCAAUUCAAAAAAAGACAAGUCGGCUAAAAAUACGUCGCAAGCGGUAGUCUCAGACACCAAGAAAAUGGAGGCCAGGAAGUCCUCCUCAGACACGGUGAUUGAGCCGCUGAUUAAGCAGCAGGCGCCGCUGCACUCGUCCAAGACCACGCCCACGACCCUGACUGCAAACUUCGUGCAAAACAUUCGAUUUGUGCGCAAAAAUGUGGAGCAGUCGGGCAGAAACACCAAUCCGCUGCAGUUCGUUGAGCUCGAGACGGAGUUUCCGCGCGACUAUGAUGACAACAUCGAGAUGCUGUCCCGCGAGGCGGAGCACCUGGAGGAGCAGUUCCGCACGCCUACCCGUUCGAAUGCCACGGAUGCCACCGCCCAUCAGGUGGCCGGCAUCAUCGACAACAUUAUUACCGAAGCGUCACGGAGUCUUACAAUCGAAAAGACUGAAGACGAUGUGCCAUUGAAGUCCUCCACCAAGCACUCCAGCGGCGUCAAGCGCGUUGGCUUUCAGGUCGAGGAGAAGGACGAAACAGAAAUCCAGAGCGAAAAGCAGCCAAAGAGCAUCGACGAUAUAGCCAAGAAGUCGGAGAGCGCCGAGGUUAGCGUAGAGGAAGCAACUAUCACCGGGUUCUCCACGGAUGCAUCCGCAUCCCUGCUGCCCUCCACGACGACGGUGUCCACCACCUCGUCGGCCACAUCGAUCACCAAGAGCAAGAGCGAUGAGGACGAUGACCCAGUGGCCAUGUCCCCGUGCGGACGUUUCUUUAAGUACGACAAGGAGGUCGGACGCGGUUCCUUUAAAACGGUCUAUCGUGGCCUGGACACGUUGACGGGUGUUCCAGUUGCCUGGUGCGAAUUACUGGACAAGCAAGUGAAGAAAAGUGAACGCACCAGAUUCCGGGAGGAGGCAGAUAUGCUGAAAAAACUUCAGCACCCAAACAUUGUGCGGUUCUAUACGUAUUGGGAGUUUCCCAUUGGCCGCAAGAAGAAUAUAGUACUAGUCACCGAACUAAUGUUAUCUGGAACUUUGAAAUCCUAUUUGAAACGAUUCAAGAAAAUACACCCAAAGGUAUUGAAGUCAUGGUGUCGUCAGAUCCUGAAAGGCCUCAACUUCCUGCAUACUCGUCAAUUUCCUAUAAUUCAUCGUGAUUUGAAAUGUGAUAAUAUUUUUAUAACUGGCACCACUGGUAGUGUUAAAAUCGGCGACUUGGGCCUGGCAACGUUGAAAAACCGCUCCCACGCGAAAUCUGUGAUUGGUACGCCGGAGUUCAUGGCCCCGGAAAUGUACGAGGAGCAUUAUGACGAGUCAGUGGACGUAUAUGCCUUCGGCAUGUGUAUGUUGGAGAUGGCCAUCUCCGAAUAUCCAUAUAGUGAGUGCAAGGGUCCGGCUCAGAUCUACAAGAAGGUGAUCUCGGGCAUUAAACCAGCAGCGCUGGCCAAGGUGGAGGAUCCCAACGUGCGCGACAUCAUCGAACGGUGCAUUGAACUAAAGAAGGAGGAUCGGCCCAGCUGCAAUGAGCUUCUGGAAUCGGAGUUCUUCGACGAGGACAUCGGCAUACGCGUGGAGCCCACUGCUUCGGAACAGUUCCUUUCGGAUCCUAGCAUCAGCAUCAUUGAGUUUCGGUUGCGUUUUAUGGACCCCAAGAAGCGCUCGUCCCGCCAUAAGGAAAAUGAGGCGAUCCAGUUUGAGUACAACAUCCAGCACGACGAGUAUGAGCAGAUUGCGCAGGAAAUGAUGAAAGAAAAUAUUAUAUCGGAGGAUGAUUCUCGCGCAGUUGCUCGACUUUUGAAGGUGCAAGUUGUGUCGUUGCUUAAGGAACGUGCCCAGCGUCAAACUCAGAUAAAGCUGCAGAACGAGAAGUCGCGUCUGGAAAAACUAGCGUUGCAAAAGCAACGCGAGAGUUUGCCGACCAACGUCGAUGAAGAUGAGGAAGAAGAGGAGGAGUCCGAAGACGAGGAGGAUGGCGUAAAAUGGAAUCAGCGCCUGCAGCUCAAAUAUGAUCUACUAAACACUGAUUCGGAAACUAGCCUGGCUCUCUCCACGAACAGCGUCGAGCCGCAGCAACUGCCAAUACGCUCGAAUACGUCUAUCCCGAACAGUGGCAUCCAGCAGUCUGUUCAGGUCCCAGCUCCUGUGGCCGUUACCCAGUUGAUCUCGGUGCAGCCGCAGGCUAUUGCCUCACCGGCCAUUCCCAUGCAACAGAAGCCAACCGUGCACUACAUCCAACCGCCUCAGCUGGCCUCAUAUCAAAACUCGAACCCGACGAUGCAGGAGAUGACCAACAACCAGGUCAUCUCACCGACGGGCAGUCAGCAGAUGCAACAGCAGCAACCCAUUGCUGUACCAACCGUCAAUCAUCAGAUGGUGCCGCAACAGCAAGUCAAUCAACAGCAGCAGCAGCCACAAAUGAUGCAGCAAAUGCCCCAGCAAGUUCAAGUGCAGCAAGUGGCCCCGCAACAACAACAACAAACUGUUUUGCCAACGCAACAACAGCCACAAACUGUUUUGCCCCCACAACAACACGAGCAGCAACCACAACAGCAACAACAACCACUUGCAGAUCAACAAAAGAGCCACCAGAUUCCCUUGCAGCAGCAACUGCAGCAGCUAAUGCAGACCAACGUGCAAACACCGGACCUGGCACAGCAGCAGCAAAUGGCUCAACAGCAGGCCCAGCAAUAUUUUCAGCAGCAGCAGCCACAGGUGCCGGUUUCCAUGCAUCCCAAUCAACUUGCACAGCAACAGCAGGCUUACGCGAUGCAGCAGGCAGGCCAGCAGCAACAGAUAUCGCAGCCACUUCAAAUUCAGCAACAGAUCUUACAGCAGCAGCAACAACAGGCGGCGGUUUCGCACCAACAGCAGAUAUUGCAGCAGCAACUGGCCCAACAUCAGCUACAGCAACUCCAGCAGCAGCAGCUUCAACAGCAGCAACUUCAACAACAGCAGCAACACCAAAUCCAACAGCAGCAGCAACAGCAAAUCCAACAGCAGCAGCAACAGCAAAUCCAACAGCAACAGCAAAUCCAACAACAGCAACUCCAGCAGCAGCAACAAUUCGUGCAACAAUACGGGCAGGUUAUGCCUCAACAGCAAAUAAUAUCAGGAUCGCAGGUGAUUGCAUCGCAGCAAAUUCAGCAACCUAUGCAGAUCCCAGUUCAGAUGCAAGUGCCACCAACUUCAGUAGCCCCUGCAAUGCAGCAAUCAUUGCCGCAGUCGUACAGCCAGCAGCCUCCGCAAGUGCCACUUGGUGAUCCGCAACAGCAGCAGCAUACGGGAUUUUCGGCCGUACAACCACAGCAACAACUAUUUGUGCCACAACCCACACAGCAACCCAUCCAGUUGUCCAUGCCUUUGGAGCAGCAAUUGCAACAGCUCCUGCACAGCCAGCCGCCCCAGCAGCAACAACCACAGCAACCGAUAAACCAGCAGCAGCACCAACCCUUGAUCCAGCAUCAGCAGCCUUUGGUCCAACAGCAACCACAACCGCAGCCACAACUGGCUCCCGUGGUUCAGCAGCAACAGCCCCAACAACAGCAGCAACAGCCCCAACAACAGCAGCCUCAACCAGAACAACACACACAGAUUUCUUCGCAAGUCCCUAUCCAACAGGAUAAUCCGCAGCCAAUCCAGGUUCACCAAGAACUCACUGUUGCAUCGGAAAGUGUGCCUGUUAAUAGCGCCCAAACAAAUCUCGAAGGUCCACCCAAAGCAGAAACUCAGACAUCUGUAGAUGCGGAAAAGCAGCAGAAACAACAAGGCACAGCAACACGUUCCCAGAAACCAAGGCGUUCCAACCGGAGCGGCAACGAUAGAAUUCCCAAACUAAGUGUUACCAGUGUGGACGAGGGCAGCGUCAUAAAUUGCCACAUGGAAAACAAACUCAAAACGAUUACAUUCAAAUUCGACAUAGGAGAUGUAAAUCCAGUUGAAAUUGCCAAUAAAUUGAUCGCCCAAGAUUUGCUUUCUAAUUGCCAAAGUACAGUUUUUGUGGAAAUGAUCAAUGAAAUUGUUGACCAAGUCAAACAGAAUCCCAAUCAAAUCCCUAUACCGACUAAUUAUCGCCGCAAUAUAGAAAAGCGGGAUGAAACCGCCAGCGACAUUACAAAGAUGUUUGAACCCACUAUCCAUGGUGUUGAAACUCUGCCUUCCGGCGGAGGAGGCGCUGAGCCAUUGAACCCCAAUUUAACUUUCGAAGCUAGGUCCAACUUAUCGAAUCCGCAAGAGCCGCAGUUGAAUGUUGGAACUCCACCCACAACCACUUCGACCAUGUCUUCCUCAUCAACCGCAUCGAGGGAUGCGCCUAAUAGCAGCAAUGACGUGACCAUCGGAUCUGGAUCCGUAUCUCGCAAGACAAGCACAGCCUCGGAAUACACUUCGCUGUCUAUUGACUAUAUGCCCGACAGCAACAUAACUCCAACUGGUCCGGAACCACCUUUCGACGAUGGCAAGGACAAGUCACUGAAUGUGCAUCAAAAGCCUUGCUCCCUUGCUAUCGCCAGAAUGCAAAAGCUUUUGGAGUCGGCCGGCGGAGGGGCUCCUCGGAGCCUGAAUCUGCCCUUGAAUCGUAACAUACAGGAGAUUCAGGAGGACUUGAAGCAUACUAGAAGCCUCGACGACUUGACCGCUGUAAAAAUAACCUUUGACAUGCCUAAUAAAGCCGCAUCGGAGCCUUCGGAUGACCCUCAGCCAUCCAAUGCGGUAGAAGCAGAUAAGUCGAAAGAUAAAUCCGCCCAGGCAGUGGGAGCCCAGGGAACCGGCGCGGCCAACACUCUGGAGCAGUUAAAGAUAGAACUGGAGAAUAUAACUCACGCCCACGCUUUUGCCUCCGCUGUAGUGGCCUCCAUCAAUAACAGAGCUCCUCACCAGGCCUCCCCUGCCAUGUCUUCACUCAAGGCUACUUCUGGACAACCUCAAGAGAUAAACAAGUCAAAUAACGGAGGAGGAGCAUCCGCACCCUCAGUGGGUCAGAAUACUCCCACUGCAGCUUUGACAUCCGCCAGGGGCUCUGGUUCCUCCGUCUACAAUUCACGGCGCACUUCCAUCGACAACAGCAUGGGCUCUGAUGUGCACUUGCACACUGCCACUAAUCUUGAAGGGACGAUCAGUAAUUCGGAUCUUACUCCAACUGAAGCAUCAGUUGCAAUUACCAUAGGCACGGGCCACGAGAAGCAACUGUCUAAGCAGCCUAGCUUGGAAAAACCAUCGACCACAUCCAUUUCGACCAACAACAGUGAACCGCCGCAAAGAAAUCCCAGUAAUGGAUCACUUAAUCAGAACUCAAUAGCAGAUUUGGAAAAGAAAUUGGCGGCUUUGCGAAAUACCGAAAACGCAGAAGAGUCUGGUCCGGCCACAUUGUCGGUUGUACCUAAGCAAAUUGAAGAGGUCGUGAAUCCGAGUGCCCGUAAAAUUUCGCGGUUCAGUGUCAGUCGUGUGCAAGAGCAGAAAAAUUCAACCGGUGUGGAGGAACCUGCACAAGGGCAAUUGAAAAUCGACCUACAAGUGGCAGGCGCUGGAGGCCAGGUGCAGACCAACAAUUCAGUGCCGAACGGCAGUGUCGUCAAUACUCCAACCGAAGUCAUCAGCUCGCCCAUUCAAAAUGUUCCGCUGGCCAUUAACGGAAUACAGUUGAUUUAUCAACAGCCUCAGCAGAUCCACCAGUUGCCUGGUGGAGCCUCCACUUCUACGAGUGCAACAGGAAGUCAGUGCAUUGUGGUUCCCCAAGUAAUUAAUCAGAAUGGGACCCACAUACAACAAAUGUCUAAUCUACAACAACAACAGCAGCAGCUUGUGCAUCCCAAUAUGCCACAACAGCCUCAGCAGACGCCACUCAAUGGGCAUCCACCCAUGGUCAACAGUCUCCAGCAGCAGCCACCACAACAAUCCAUGCCGAUGCAGUCGAUGCAGCCGCAGCAGCAGAAUCAAAUGCCUCUAAUGUCGCAACAACAGCAGCAGAUCCUGAUGCAGCAGCAACAACAGCAGGGAUCCCAGCAGGGAUCGCAGCAAUUUAACUUGUCUGGGACACAGCAGACUCAUCCCCAGCAUCAAUUCAUUCAGACGCAGCCCAACCAACUUCACUCGCUUCCGCCCCAAGUGGUGAGCAUGGCCCAGGCAAUACCGCAUCAGCUUCCUCCUAUGCAGACUAUGUCGGCUCAGCAGCAAAUGAUCUCGCAACAACAGCAUCAGAUGCAAAUGCAAUCACACAUGCAGCAACAAAGUGUGCCGGGAAUGUACGGCCAGCAGACUGGAGCUCGUGUGGCUGCGCCACAAAACUUCCAAGGCGCUGUCCCUAAUCAUUUGUUGCAACAGUCACCUCUGAUGGCAUCCCAGCAGCCUGCACAGCCCAUGCAACACGUUAUGCAACCGAUUUUUAACGCAUCGUCUGGUGAAGUUGCCGAAGAGCCAGUGUCUUUAGCAGCUACGCAUCCACACUUAUUACCAAGCGAUAUACAAUCCGAUAUAAAGCACAAUUUAGACUCGUUGGUCAACCAGUUGUGCAACACGCGCUUGGGCACUAACCAGCACCAACGCCUGUUGUUGUUGCGUCAGAGACAACUCAUCGAAGAGGACGAGCUGCGUCUUAAGCAUUAUGUGGAAUACGAAAAGUUUCAAAAGGCACUGCGCCAAUCUAUUAGCACAAACGUUCCAGCGACUGCAGCUUACUAUUCUACAGCUGCCGCACAGCUUCCAACUAAUUUGGCAGCUCAAGCAGCACCGUCCUCAUCGAAUCCGACAUCCACUAGCUCCGCAAACACAUAACUGCGCUAACUGUUUUGCUUCAUGCACCUUUGACAAGCCAUACUAACAGCUCUACUCUAUGUUCUCGGCAAUAUAAUUGGCUCGAGUGUGAGGACGUGGAUCUGGAGGUAGAUUUUAAGUAAAAAGUUGUCGAAUGUUACGGGGUUGUCUGUAAAUAUUAGUCAAACGCUUCUUGUUGAUAUGCCAUUGUUUUAAACUUUUCUUUCUGUUUCACUUUUAAUUUAAAAUUCCUAAUUUCCAAUUCUUGGCUUUCGUUUAUUUGUUUAAAAUAAAUAUUAAAUUUUUGUAUGAACUUUUAAAGCAAAUUGUACAUUUUAUUAGUAAAAAAAACUGUAAAUAAACAUUUCGAUAAUGUAAUAAUAUAACAAUGCAUAUAGGAAUAUUAUAUAUUAGUCAUCAUUUAUUCAAAGUGAUGUAUACAUACUGCGUAGUUACUAAAUAAAUAACUUAUUACCGAAA